GAUAGAUUACCGCGGCUUGAUUAUACGCGCGACCUUCGGCCGUCGCGAAAAAUCGAUCUAGAGUCUAGACGGCGUAGCGCCGCUACGUCGAUUCGAAACGUUCGAAUCUUAAGACUGACAUUCUCUUAUUUUUUUUUAUUAUUAUUUUUUAAAUAACACUCGGUAUAGUCGUCGCGUCCAUUUCAUCGCGUAUCGGUGUCCUGUCGCGACGAAUAUGACGCUAUAUAUACGCACACGCGCGCGAACUCGCUCCUCACUCGGUUGUACACAGCGCUGCGUGCAGAAAUUUCGCCCGAGGUGCAUCUGGAAUAAUCUAGAUAUAUCAUUUUAUCCUCGUUUAACAUUCGAAUAACAAGGAUAAAAUGUGUACCGUGUGACUUCCUGAACGCAGCCCAGAUUUUAAGUCCGUGUUUCGCGUGUGUGCGUGCGUGCGCGCGCGCACACGUACGCGUAGAUUUUUUUCCGAGAAAACUGACACAUAUAGAUAAUUGCCAAACGGCAAACACGAUAAACUCGAUUAUCGCGACAAGACAUCUCGUGUGCUAUCUAGGAACAGCGUUUAGUUCUAAGUUUUAUCGGCGUAGAGAGAGGAGAGGAAUACGCCCUGCGCGAGUACCUAUUCGCUAAAACAAAACCAAAAGAUGACAACUUGGCAAGCACCUGGUGCGGGGUUCUAUCCAGGGCAACAAGGUCCAUACCCGUAUCCUCAACAGAAUCCUGGGUACCCGCCACCACAGGAAGGCUAUCCAUAUCCUCCACAAGCUCCAGGGUAUCCACCGCCUUACUCCGGUGGAAUUCCUCCAGGUCCAGGAUUUAUACCUCCACCAGGUGUUCCACCGUACGGUGAAGCACCACCGCCAGUUAAUCCAGAAUUCGGCGGAGGACAUCCACAGGGUCCAGGCAUGUACGGGUCCGGGUACGCGGAAGAUCCCAUGCACGAUGAGGUCAAGGGAUUUGAGUUCAGUGACAAAACUAUCAGGAAUGGCUUCAUUAGGAAAGUGUAUAGUAUCUUGAUGUGUCAGUUGGUCAUCACACUUGGGAUGAUCACUCUGUUCCUUUAUCAUGAACCGUCACAGCAAUGGAUUAAGAAUCACACAGAAAUGUUUUGGGUUGCCUUCGCUGUAACUAUCGUUCUGAUCAUAUGCAUGUCCUGCUGUACCAAUGUGAGACGUAAAGCUCCGAUGAACUUCGUCUUCUUGUUCUUAUUUACAUUCGCGGAGGCUUUCUUGCUGUCCAUGGCUGCAUCAGCGUACGACUCCAAGGAAGUCAUGCUGGCCGUCGGAAUUACAGCCGCGGUUUGCCUAGGACUGACGAUAUUCGCAUUUCAGACAAAAAUCGAUUUCACCGGAUUGCACAGCGUCUUGUUCGUCGCUGUGCUCAUUUUACUUAUUUUCGGUAUAAUCGCAAUGAUCUGGCACGGAAAGAUUAUGACUUUAGUUUAUGCCGCGCUCGGUGCGCUAAUAUUCUCUCUAUAUCUGAUCUACGAUACGCAAAUGAUGAUAGGCGGAAAACAUAAAUACUCGAUCUCACCGGAGGAGUACAUCUUUGCCGCGUUGAGUCUGUAUCUGGAUGUCAUCAACAUCUUCCUGUACAUUUUAACCAUUAUCGGCGCUUCGCGAGACUAAUUGAUGUCAAUUAUAUGAUAUUUUAACUUAUGUUACAAUUACAAAAAGGAUACACAGUCAGUUUUUACUUACCGCCGUCCUGCUCUGGCUCUCCAUAGUUAUUGUCCUGAGAGCGCAUUGUAGGCGAAUAAACAAUGAAGUUAUGAAGAGGCAUGAUAUUGGCAUGAUAUUUAAUUUCUACGAAGAUAGCUUUUACAAAUUUUCAAAGAUUAAUACUACACGAACAGCACGCUUGUAUUCUCGAAGCCUUUUGUCUAGUUCCAUAAGGCAUAAUACAACAAAGUAUUUCCCAUAAUUUUGGGGAGAAAACCAAAUAUAAAUUCUUGUAACUGCUAAUGUGUAGAAUAGUAUAUCAUUAUUACUAUUAUUACUAUCAUAAAAAAAACUCAAUGUUAUUUUUUUGUCUGUAUCAUUUUGACUUUGUCACCAGAAUUGUUUAUUCUAAAAAGCUAUAGUCAAGUUUACAUACUUUAUUUUUUUUUUUUACUUCUUUAAGAGACUUAGAUUUUUUCAAUGUGAUCAAUGAAUGUAUACAUCUAAUUAAAAGUAUGUAAAAUCAAUUAUUAAUAUAUAAUUGUUACGAUAAAUAUAUAUAUGUCAUAGUGUGAUAAAAAACCAGCAUUAGUAUGAUAUUUAUAGUAUGAUUAUCUCUGGACUUGACUAUAAUUCCAGGCAACCUUAAGAGACGCUUGUACCUUGUUGCCUGUAUAUACAUACAUAUACAUAUAUAGAAAGUUGAAAUUGUGUUUAUUCUUUGUUCAAAUUUGAAUAAUAAAACAUAAUAAAACGCUUUACUUCUCUGGUA